GCAACCAUCUCAGUCCAUCAAAAUAUGCAAUGCGAAAGGUAGUAGUAACUGGUCUCGGGCUAGUGACCCCCUUAGGUUUAGGCGUGCGUCGAACAUGGUCGCGACUUUUGGAUGGUCAUUGCGGCAUUGUUUCCAUCAAGGAUAGGAGUCCGCAGUUUGCUGCGCUGCCGAGCCAGAUCGCGGGCCUUGUGCCUGAGGGCAAGAGAGAAGAUGGAAAUUGGAGCGUGAAGGAUUGGAUGAGCGCGUCUGAUGAGCGCAGAAUGGCGCGAUUUGCGCAAUAUGCUAUGGUCGCGUCCGAAGAGGCGCUGAACGAUGCUGGCUGGGCGCCUAAGACGGAGGAGGAGCUCGAAGCUACGGGGGUUUAUAUGGGAUCGGGGAUUGGUAGCUUGGACGAUGUGUACGAGACUACUAUUGCUUACGAGAAGGGCGGAUAUCGCAAAGUCUCGCCUCUUUUCGUACCUCGCCUGCUGAUUAAUCUUGCAGCUGGGCAUAUUUCUAUGCGGUAUGGUUUCAAGGGACCUAAUCAUGCUGCAACAACCGCAUGCACAACAGGUGCCCACAGCAUAGGCGACGCUGCCCGACUCAUCCAGUUUGGGGACGCAGAUGUGAUGGUCGCCGGUGGCGCUGAGUCUUGUAUACAUCCUCUCGCUAUCUCAGGCUUCGCACGAGCGAGGAGUCUGGCCACAGACUGGAACGAUAACCCGACUGAGGCAAGCCGGCCAUUUGACAAAGACAGGGCUGGGUUUGUCAUAGGCGAAGGCGCCGGCGUGGUUGUUUUGGAGGAACUCGAGCACGCAAAGCGAAGAGGGGCGAAAAUAUAUGCCCAACUCGCGGGUUACGGCUUAUCCAGCGACGCGCAUCAUAUGACCGCACCGCGCGAAGAUGGCCAAGGUCCCCGCAACGCCAUGAAGCAUGCCCUUCGGCAUGCGGGGUUCAGACCAGACUCCGUCGACUACGUGAAUGCACACGCUACUAGCACGCCUCUUGGAGACGCAGCUGAGAACAGAGCGAUCAAAGAGUUGCUGCUCGGCGAACAUGGGAAGUCCAAAGCCUCAGACAUCAACAUCAGUAGCACUAAAGGCGCAAUUGGUCAUCUCUUAGGUGCGUCUGGAAGCGUGGAGGCGAUUUUCACCGUCCUGGCGCUCCACAAUAAUACCCUUCCCCCAACUCUGAAUCUAUACACACCCGGCGACCCCCCAGAAGACUUCGAUUGUAAUUACGUAGCGCACACGGCGCAGCAGCGCGACGUAAGAGUUGCACUCUCCAACAGCUUCGGCUUUGGAGGCACCAAUGCGUCGCUAUGCUUCGCGAAGAUGUAAGAUGUAUAGUGGAAUUUGUAGGUUGACCGAUUUCGUCAAAUCUCUUAAAAUGAUCGCGUGCUAGACGCAGUAUAGCUCGGUAAUUCGCCGCUGUCAUAGGCGCAUCAUGAAUUUACCCCGCCGAUAAACAUGAGCACGUUUUUAGCGCGUGGAAAACAUCUUAACCCCACUACGCGACAGCUUGGUACUCCUUAAAGCUUCGUACCACUCCAAAUGCCUUGUCAUCUCGAACUCGAAAAGGAGUCGUGGCCGAUUGUAUCUAUUUGAAUUCGUUUCGCGUAGUCCAUUGCAUUGCGAGGGUUAGUGUCACCAUGGAGAACCAG